AUUUUCAUCACAUGUACUCCGUGACUGGAGAACAGAUGAAAUUUGUUGUUCCGCUUUGGAAGUUCCUUUUAGCUAUGAAUAAAUAAUCAGUUUCACGUUUGACACUAUCUCCUGAUUGUUAUUAAAAAGUGUGAAAUGUAAGAUAGUAAAUAAUGUCAUGCUUGCCAGUCUUUGUAUUGCUUUUGGAAAUUAAAGGUACAAACGUCAAACACUGACGUCACAGUAAGCAACUACUGCUGUGAAAAUGGCUACCGAGGAAAGUCCGUUUGGUGCUUUUCUCGAGAAAUCAUGGACAGAAUGGUACGAACACAUUAAGGACGGCCAAGUUUCGAGUGAUGAGGAAGAAACUCCUUCAAGACCAUCGGGAGACUGUAUGCGGCUUCCGAAGGAAGACAUGGGGUUGUUCGGCCACUGUCCAGAGAGAGACCCGUUUUAUACUGUUGUGUGUGAACAGUGUAAGGCACUGGUGAAACCUCAAGGCCUGCGGAGCCAUAUGGAAAUAUGGCACAGACCAAGGCCUCCAGAUGCUCCAGUGCCAACACCAGAACCGGUCGAGAAAGUUCUGGCAAACAGAUUGCCCUCCACAAGCAAAACAGGAGCUGGAAAUAAAUCGGGGGCUGGAAAUGUAAAAUUGAAGGUGAAGAAACCUUCCCAGCCCACAGUUUCAACAGGUCAUCCCCCUUCCGCAGCAGCGGCGGCCGCGGCGCCCGCGCCCCCCACCCCCGCCCCUCCUCUGGGGGCGGUGCCGGUGACGCUGACGCUGACAGUGCCGGUCUCGGUCCCUGUGCAGGUCCCAGUGCCGGCUCACGCGGCCGCCGCCUUGGCAAACGACCCCGACCUGGGGCCACCCGUAGCUUCAGUAGCUCCAGGGCCAGACGCAGUUCUGGAAACCAUUCCCGUUGUAAUAGAGCCUGCAAAAGCACCCGUACGGACUCACUCACCCCCCAUUCGGCAGUCUCAGCAGAAGAAAAGACCUCGAGUAUCAAGGGAUCGAGAGUACGAUCCAGACAAGCAUUGCGGUGUGUGGAAUCCAGAGACAGGAAGACCAUGCACUCGCUCCCUUACGUGCAAGUCUCAUUCCCUGUCGAUGCGGCGCGCAGUGGCGGGCCGCAGCCAAAACUUCGACAGACUGCUGGCAGAACACAGGUCUGCCAAAGAAGCUUUAGGGCGAAAGGGAAAGGGUGCAGGAGCAUCCCUUGCACCCUCCGCCGCAGUCCGAGGCUCAGUGCAAGGGCGGUCUCCAGCUCGGCAUCGGAGUCAGUCACAGAAUGCAGUACCCAGUUCGGCUGGCAACCAGUUAAACACGUCUCUUCCCAUAAGAAGCGAAGGAAACGUCGUACUAGGUGAAAUGCGACUGAAUCAUGUGGUUGCUCCUUCAGUACAGGCCAUCCAAAAUGUAAUUACCCCAACACCAGAAACUGCAGAGAGCAUUUUACGGACCCAGUCUACAACUACCUCAAAGUACCCACUUAUUGCAACUCUUGCAAGGUUCACCCCAACAGUUACUGUGAAAGCGCAAGAAGACAAUGUUGUUGCAUAUUCUCGAAAAGCUGAGGAUGGCUCGUGGGUGACAACAGUUGCACCAAAGCCUGUUGCAGUGGUUUCGCUUACCUGUCGAAAGCAGGGUGUUGUGAAGUUUUCAAGCCGACGUCCAGAUCAAUCAAGAAAUGGCCUGCAGACUGCAUUAACAGAAGGAGUUGUCAGAGUACCAAUGACCAGUGAGAUAUACAGCAUUCAGCUGAACAAUGCUACAAAUCAUGCAGCAUCUACGAUGAAAUCUGUCCUCACAAACAUUAGCACCAAACCUAGUUUGUUAGGUGCAAACACACUUCUAAUAAACUCAGCAAAGAAUCACGUGCCAAUUCUUCCCAACAUAACACGUAAGAACCAGAAUUCUGGUACUCAGAAUAGUGCUAAUAGCUUUAAAAACAUUUUUGCCAAAUGUGUUACGACUAGUGCAAAGACUGUGGGUAACUCAAAACCAUCACUUGUGAAGACUGGUCAGUUUCAUAUGCCAAAUAUUCUUAGUGCAAGUCUGAAGAGGCCUACAGAGACAUAUAAAUCUAGUGCUGAAGCUAAGAGGAAAAGAAAAAAUACAACUGUAAAUGCCGUUGAAGUUAUGACCAGUUUGUUGGGAAAGAAACCUGCUGGUACUCCAACAUUUGCUUUAACUACUCCUCUCAUAAAGGUUUCACUUCCUAGUGGAAUUACCGCAAACUGCAGUCAACCGGAAGUUGUAAACUCAAAUUCUGUAUUCAGCUCACAAACAACCAGUGCUGAACACCCGAAACCUAUUAUGGCAGUUGCUUCGUUGCCUGAUGUAGUGAAAGCAUCAUCUGUAAAAGGUGUAACACAGAAUGUAAGAAUAGCAGCAUCGAGUAGUGCUAUCCACGUACCAGCUAACUCUAUAGCCUACCUGACUGCUGGACCUGUUACAUUUCAAAAAAUACCAGUCCUCAGCCCUCAGUGACCUCACUGCACAACUCAAAGGCAUUUGUGUUUCCGGCCUUUGGGAAAGGUGCUCUCCGCCAUAACAAGCAGAAACGACUCGUUGAUGAGAACACCAUUUGCUGCAGAGCUGCUGAAGCAGAAGGUACUCAGCAGCAAGGUCACUGUGUAGACUGCUGGCCAAACAACACAUGGUGUCACACAUGUUAAUUCAAAACUUGUAUGAUGUUCAGGAUUCUGACAAAAUUUCACUCCAUAAACUGUAAUUAAGUUGCUCUAAUUAAAUUAAAAUUUUAUGUGGAACUGUCAAAAUUUCUUUGUCAUUUUUUACAAUUGUGUAAAUACUUUUCAGAUUUAAGAAUUUUGUAGAAGGUUCUUUCUUUUGUAUUUUUGGUUGAUAAUGUUCCAAAAUAAUUUUUUUGAUAAUUUUCUUAAAGAGGUUGACGAUUGUGACUAAUACUGGAACUGAAUAAUGUAUUUUAAAUGUUCCAGCCCUUAGAUUGUCAGCAAAUCUUAUGUGAGCUUUAUGUGUUGGAAAGAUGAUGGGUAGAUGUCAACUUCUGUCAGAAACAGUAUUUAUUUUUGUUUGCUAGGCUGAGUAUUUGUGUAGUGGCGAACUUGAGGUUUGUGCAUUGUGGAGUGUAUAAUGAGACAGUAUUACUUGUGUGUUGUGUAUCCUGGCAGUAUUUAAUAACUGCAUUAUUGCAAAUUUCUGUUUUUGUUUAUAGUCAUAGGUGCUUUAGGUGUUAAGAUAAAGAAACUAAUAAUUUUAUAAUGUUGUUAUUCAGUUGUCCACAGAACUGGCAAUAAUGGGCAUCUUACUUUUGUGGCUUACCCUUUAAAACAAGUGGUCUUUGAACCUGUUCCUAAGAAAGAUUGCAAAUUGUCACCUUUUGUUAGAUGCAAAUGUUAAGAUUAUAACCACCGUCAUUGAUAUGUGUUUGCCAGACACUUUCGUGUAUUUUUUUAUUUGCAAAUAUUGUUUGCAUAUUCUGAAGUCUGAAAUAUAAUGUUGUAAAACCGAAGCAAUGAGUUCACAACUCAUAAAUUUUGGUGUUGUACUUUGUACAGUUGUAUUCCAUAGUGAUAGGAGAUUGAACUACAAUUGUGUAACUGUAUAGUGAUUAAAUAUUUAUUUUUUG